AUGGCAGAAGCAGCACCGGUUCCCGAUUCCUUCAUCACCGUUAGGUCAACACUCCCUUGCUUCUCUCUCCCGCUCAUCCCAGAGCGUCCAUGGGUCACAACGGAAAGGCUCGUCCUCCGGCCUCUGGCUGCCUCCGAUUUAGAGGCCCUGCACGAGCUGCGCACCCAACCGGAGGUCAUGAUUUGGACGUCCGCCGGCAAGCCUGACAGCAGUCAAGCGGAAACCAAGGCCAAGCUUGACGGCAUCCUAUCGGACGAAGAAAACCAGAGAUCAUUCAACUACGCCAUCUGCUUCAAGGAGGACCCGAGCAAGCUGAUCGGCAUCUGCGGCUGUUGGAGACUGAGCUCAGGCCUGGGAUGGCCCGAGCUCGGCUACAUGUUCAGGAAGGAGGCGUGGGGGCAGGGCAUCGCGACCGAGUCCCUGAAGGCCUGGUUGGGCCUGUGGAACGCGCUGCCUAGGCAGGUGGUGGGGGUGAAGUGCGACGAGAGGACGUUGAGGGGUCUGGAUGGGAUUUAUGAGAAUAAAGAAGAGGGUGUGUUGGUAGAGGAACGACUGAUCGCGUUGACGACGGAUAACAACGGAGGGAGCAAGAAUAUUUUGAAGAAAUGUGGGUUUGAACACUUUCUUACUUGGAAGGACAGGGACUCGCACCCAAAUGAAAGCGAGGAUGGGAAGGGGGAAGAGGUUUGGAUUGAUUUGCCGACCUUUAGGUAUUUUCCUGGGAGGAACUGA